AUGAGCGCCGCCACGUACCAGACGCCCGACUCGAAGAAGGAGGAGUUCCGCAAGUACCUCGAGAAGAGCGGCGUGGUGGACGCGCUCACCAAAGUGCUCGUGGGGCUCUACGAGGAGGCGGACAAACCCCCGAACGCCGUGGACUACGUCAAGCGCUUCAUGGGCGCCCCCACGGGCAUCGACGUGGACGCGCUGCGGGCCGAGAACGAGGAGCUCAAGAAGAAGAACGCCGAGCUCAUCAAGACCAUCGAGGAGCUCAACAAGCGCGUACGUUGA